UCUCAGCCCCCUGUACCCGAGCCGCGGCCAUGGACCCAGCAGCUCCGGUCUGCCCUGGCCCAAUUCAACACCUGAUUUCGGCAAGGUGACGAUUCUGGCUGCCAGAGUGUGUGUGCCAGCCUGGGUGAGGAGGCAGAGACAGCCUGUCAGGGCUUCUCCACUUGUUCCCAGGGCCUGAUGUCAGAGGCCAUGGACCAGCCAGCCGGGAGUCCUGAAAACCUGAGGCCAGGAGAGGAUGGUGAUGGCAGCAUGGAGCUGGGCACCUGCCAGGAACUCCUGCACCGACUGCGGGAGCUGGAGGCAGAGAACUCUGCACUUGCCCAGGCCAAUGAAAACCAGCGGGAGACCUAUGAGCGCUGUCUGGAUGAGGUUGCCAACCAUGUGGUACAGGCACUGUUAAAUCAAAAGGACCUGCGGGAGGAGUGCAUCAAACUGAAGAAGAGGGUGUUUGACCUAGAACGGCAGAACCAGGUGCUGAGCGCCCUGUUUCAGCAGAAGCUUCAGCUCACGACAGGCUCCUUCCCGCAGAUCCCACUCACUCCUCUCCAGCCACCAUCAGAGCCACCAGCCUCCCCAUCCUUGAGCUCCGCUGAAGGACCAGCCAUCUUGUUGCCUCUAGGGCGCUGUGUGGGGCAGAGAGAGGUAUGUUGGGAGCAGCAGCUGCGACCAGGAGGCCCAGGACCCCCGGCUGCCCUGCCCCCUGCACUGGAUGCCCUAUCCCCUUUCCUUCAAAAGAAAGCCCAGAUCCUGGAGGUGCUGAGAGCCCUGGAAGAAACUGACCCCUUGCUUUUGUGCUCGCCUGCCACCCCCUGGCGGCCUCCAGGCGAGGAUCCUGGCUCCCCAGAGCCUAUCAAUGGCGAGCUGUGUGGCCCACCACAGCCCGAACCCUCAACCUGGGCCCCCUACCUGCUAUUAGGCCCUGGCAGCCUGGGAGGCCUGCUACACUGGGAGCACCUCUUAGGGGGCCUGGGGGAGGAAGAGGGUGCUGGGCGGCCCUGGGGUCCUAGUAAGGGCUCCCCACAGGCCCAGGGCAGUGGAGUGGGGCCACCCUGUGCCCCAGGCAGCAGCUCCUCCUCCUCUUCUGAUGAGGCAGGUGACCCUAACGAGGCACCCAGCCCCGACACCCUGCUCGGGGCUCUGGCCCACAAACAGUUGAACCUGGGCCAGCUCCUUGAGGACACUGAGUCUUACCUACAGGCCUUUUUGGCCAGGGCUGCAGGCCCACUCAAUGGGGACCACCCAGAUCCUGGGCAGCCAUCCACCUCAGACCAGGGGCCCCCACAGCUGUCCAAGUCCAAAGGCCUCCCCAAGUCAGCUUGGGAUGGGAAUACCCCAGAGGCCCCCAGGCCAGGCUUUGGUGCUACCUCAGAGGGCCAAGGGCCCCUCUCCUUCCUCAGCAUGUUCAUAGGUGCGGGGGAUGCCCCCCUGGGCUCGCGGCCUGGCCACUCUUACUCCUCAUCUCAGGUGAAAAGCAAGCUCCAAAUUGGCCCGCCUUCUCCUGGGGAAAGCCAGGGACCCCUUCUGCCCUGUCCUGCCAGAGGUCUCAAAUUUCUGAAGCUGCCUCCAGCCUCAGAGAAGGUCCCUAGCCCAGGAGGCCCCCAGCUUAGCCCCCAGCUCCCCCGGAAUUCCCGAAUCCCCUGUCGGAACAGUGGCUCAGAUGGCAGCCCCUCCCCGUUGCUGGCCCGCAAGGGUCUGGGUGGAGGAGAGUUAUCCCCGGAGGGGGCACAGGGCUUACCCACCAGCCCUUCACCCUGUUCCACAACCCCGGACUCUGCACAGCUCAGACCUCCCCAGCCAGCCUUGUCCACCACACUGUCCCCAGGACCUGUGGUAUCUCCCUGCUGUGAGAAUAUCCUGGACCUUUCCCGGAGCACCUUUAGGGGGCCUUCUCCAGAGCCACCUCCAUCCACACUGCAGGUGCCCACCUACCCACAGUUAACUCUGGAGGUGCCACAGGCCUCUGAGGGCCUCAGAAGCCCUGGAGUUCCCCUCAGUCNAUGUCCCUGCCCUCGUGGAGUUAGUUGA